CUACGCCUUUAUUCCGCACGCAGCCUCCGCUGAGUGCUGCCGAGGCAUUAUAUCAGGCCACAACAGCAGUGAAAGUAUGUCCUUGAACGCAGGCGGAAAUGUUCUUCUGCCCUCGGGCACAGACUUUACGCCAGACGAUCGUCGAACGUCAUGAAUGAACUGGACGUUGCCUCGGCCUUUAGCCCAUUCUUAAACAUCUGACGUCCCUGCACCGCGACAAUGGUAUCCCUUCGAGCUCUCUUCCUGCUGUGCACGGCAGCCAUCUCGUCUGCCAGCCCUCUAGCUGUCCGCGACGCAGGCACAGACCUUCUCAUAGCAGACCUCUUGCGUCUCGACCAAGCUAUCAAGAACAUCUCUUACGCUGCAGGCAACUACACAGGUGGCACAGCCGCCUACCAGCCGAUACGCGACUCAUUCGCUCAAGUUAACCGCACGAACCGAAUCGCGUACUACGAUGCCAUGACUAUCCAGCCCCAAUCUGUCGCAGACAGCAACCGUAUCAUCGCCGUAGUCGCGAACCCGAUCACCCCUGACGCUACAGCGGCGGUUAAUGCACUCAUUGCGAAGAGGUCGUUGAUAGACUCCGCUGGCCUCGCAGGCGAAACUGCGAGCGGGUUGAACCUGAUCUCAUAUGAUCACGAUACGCUGAGCUUGGAAGCGGUGGGGCCUAAGCUUAAUGUCGCCACGCUUCCGGCUGCGUCUCCGCCUGUGUUGCAGAUCGAUCUGGAUUGGAGGAGAGGUGUCGCUGCAUUCGGAGGUGUCCCACUGGCGCCUCUUACUAUGUAGGCGAUCUAUGGUAAUACAACCUCAUAUAUUUAGUUCGGAAAAGACUCGUCACAGUCAAGCAACA